AAGCGUCACUUUUACUUCAUCUUCUGUCAUUAGUGAUACAGGCUGCUGCUCAGAAGACAUUAAGAAGCUCAUACCUCGCUGCGUUGUCGAAAUUAAACCCAGCUGCAGGAGUUUCGAGGACAUUUGAUAGCGCCAUCCCGGAUCUGUCCGCGGCUUCUCUGCGCGUCUCCGUGCGCCUGAGGUCGCUGUUCUGAGCGUCGCCUCUUCUUCCUCUCUUUCGAUUUUGUGGAGUGAAAAUGGAGAAACGCUGCACGGACUCACAAGUCAAAGGCGUCAGCACAGGGACCACCAUCCUGGCUGCCACUUUUGAUGGAGGGGUCGUGAUUGGGUCAGAUUCCAGGGCUUCCAUUGGAGGGGAAUAUGUGUCAUCUAAGACCAUCAACAAAGUGAUUCAGGUUCAUGAUCGGAUCUUCUGCUGCAUUGCUGGAUCACUCGCAGACGCUCAGGCUGUCACCAAGGCUGCAAAGUUCCACCUGUCCUUCCACAGUGUCCAGAUGGAGACCCCUCCUCUGGUGAUAUCAGCUGCUUCUGUGCUGAAAGAACUGUGUUACAAAAACAAAGAGGAGGUACAGGCCGGCUUCAUCACGGCAGGCUGGGACAGGAAGAAAGGUUCACAGGUGUAUGUCGUGUCUUUAGGCGGGAUGUUAGUCAGGCAGCCUGUUACCAUCGCAGGCUCAGGCAGCACUUACAUCUAUGGCUACGUCGACGCCAAAUACAAACCCAACAUGAGCAGAGAGGAAUGCCUACAGUUUGCCACCAAUGCUCUUGCUCUGGCCAUGGGCAGAGACAACGUCAGCGGCGGCGUGGCUCACCUGGUGGUGAUCACAGAAGCGGGAGUGGAGCAUGUUGUGGUACCUGGUGACAAGUUGCCUAAAUUCCAUGAUGAGUGACUGCCUCUGAACAACCAAUGUGUUAUUGCUUGGAAGCCACUAUUUUGCUCUGUGUGACUGAAAUGUGAGAAAUCAUACACACACGCUCACCUGAAGAACAAGUCAGACACCUGGAAAGCAAGUUCAUAUACAAUGAAAAUAAAAAACUUGUUAAUUUUGAAAUGGUGGUGUGACAAUUGUUGAGUCUUUAUUAUGGUAAUAUGCAGGCUAGUACACAAAAUCAGAAUCAUUCCAUCAUAAAAAUAUAAUCAUUAUUAACCAUUGUACUAUAGGCUUAAGGUUUCUCUGCCUAUUUUCUGUCCUGAUCACAAGUUUUUUAAAUGUAUGAAAAUAUGGGACAUAAAAAUAAAUAUUUUCUGAAACA